AUGGCUGAAGAAUUUGACGAAUCUGAAGUUACUUUUGUAGAGUUUGAAGCACAAAACACACAAGAAAAUCACACCGAAUGGCAACAUUACAAGUUAAAGAAGAAAAGCAAGAAGAAAACGAAAAAGCAUUCGACUCCAAUCAGUAUUCCUAAAGGGAUAUCUUGUGUCGGAUAUGUAGAGUCGGAUUUAUUUGAAGAUGAUUAUGAAUAUGAGAGAAUAGUGCCGCCGCAUGUAAUAUUGGCGCGAAGAGUUGCAAGAAAAGUAGCAUAUUCAAUUUGUGCAGGAUGUGGAAAGACUUCAAAAGGAAGGGAACUGAUACACGUGAGGGAUUUGAUCUUUAGGCUCAUGGGUUAUCUUGAAAGUUGA